GGGCAUGGUGACAUAUCGCAUGCGGCCCACACCUCUUGCUACGCACGACCGUACCAGACGGGAGCAGUGUGCUGGCUAUUAUAGCACAGCCGAAGCACUGUAGUACUGUAGGCAACCAGAACAACAGCGGCUACGAGGAAGGCGCCAGCACAAUCUCUUUGGUUGACAGCAGCAGCAGCAGCAAACACAGACUCGUAACGUAAUCGCCGUGUGCCCUGUGCUGGCUACACCAGUGACGUGCUGUUGUGCGUGGUGGUAGUUAGCAGUGGUGGUAGUUAGCAGUGGUGGUAGUUAGCAGUGGUGGUAGUUAGCAGUGGUGGUAGUUAUCAGUGGUGGUAGUCGUGUUGUUGUUGUCGCCGCGUGAAUCCGGCGUCGAGCGUGGCCUCGCGGCGAGCAAUGUCGAGAAGGCGGCUUGGCCAUUAAACGCCAGGCAGAGCGCCGUGUCUACGAGCCCCCCCCCACCACCCACACCUUGUCGUCUCGUCCGCCUGACACGAAGAAGGCUCAACGAGGAGGACGACGAGGAGGAGGAGGAGGAGUCGUGUAGACAGGCCCCGAACUACGACGCUGGUGGUGGCGUCUCGGUCUCUCGUCUCAACGGGAGAGAGACGGGUCAAGUGGUGGUGGUGGUGGGCGGUAGACCAAACAAGCUAUUUGUUAAUUCUCACCACUGUAUGAGGGCCAAGUUUGACCAUUCCUUACGACUCUGUUCUUCGCGGGUUUGUGAGGUAGGGGCGUUAUGGCGGAGGGUUCGUCAGGCAUCCACAGACAUGCCCUCCUGGUGGCAUAAAUGAACAGCACGUCCAAUGUCCACAGCGGAGGAGAAGCCAGCCCCUUCCUCUGAGCAUGGGGGAGACCAGUACAGGUCCUGUGUGGAGUGCGGGAAGCGAAAGCCCCUUCUGUCGGAUCUGUCACGAGGGCAGCGCCCAAGAGGAGCUGUUGUCCCCAUGUGAGUGCACCGGCACCCUGGGCUGGGUGCACCGGAGCUGUCUGGAGCACUGGCUGGCAGCCUCCAACACCAGCUACUGCGAACUCUGCCACUUUCAGUUUCUGGUGGAGCGCAAGCCACAACCGUUAACGCAGUGGCUGAGGAACCCCAGUCCCAAACAGGAGCGAAGGACUCUGCUGAGUGAUACAUUAUGCUUCCUGUUCAUCACACCACUGGCCGGCAUAUCAGGGUGGUUGUGCCUCCGUGGGGCAGCUGACCACCUAGAAUCUGGCAACCGCAGUCAGCUCGAGGCCGCUGGGCUCAUCGGACUCACCGUAGCUCUGCUUACUAUUUACCUCUUCUGGACAGCAGUUUCUGUACGCUAUCACAUACGACUGUACCAAGAGUGGAGGAAGACGCACCACCGAGUGAAAUUGCUCACACCGCGACCCACUGGCCUGCCUGCCUGCCAGAACCCCUUGCUGGGCCCUCACCAGCCAAGCAAGCGGCUUUCUUCAGAGACUGUAGUCUGAUAGGUAUGUCAGGAAACUUU